AGGAACAGUAGAAUUAAAGGAGUAAAGGGAGGAGAGUUGAAAGCGAAUUGGGUUGUUAUUAACUCCAGAAAUAAUGGAUGAUUAUGCAUUUCCAGCAGCACAAAGAAUUAUUAAUGAUAUUGCUUUGGCAUUCAAAAGGGACCCUCAAUUGAAGGAGUUCCAAACUCUACUAGUGACACUGAAUGAGAACCGAUCACCCGUGCACCACGAGGACCACAGUCUGGGCUUGGAGUCGUGGUGUGUACCUCAUGUCUAUUGCUAUGCUUACAACCUGCUCAUGGAUAUUCGGCAGCAGAAGCGAAAAAGAGAAGAUGCUGAACACAUCAACCAGUUGUUGCUGGGUGCGUUGUUGCUUAACCCAGACGUCACAGUGUUUUGGAACAUGCGGAGAGAGCUGACUAGCCUGGACCCUCAGUUCGAGCUGCACUUCACAUCAGUUGUACUCACGAGGAAACCAAAGAGUGGUGAAGUCUUUAACUACCGCAAGUGGCUCAUCAAGAAAAUGUUGGAUGCAUUUCCAAGUAAUCCAGGAUUGGUGACGUCUGAAGUCCAUGUGUGUCAGAUGGCUGCGGAUCUCUACUCUAACAACUACUAUGCCUGGAACCAUCGUAUCUGGUGCCUCAAUCAGCUGCCUCAGGACUCUGGCUCCUACAUAUCCUUCCUCAUAGACGAGUGGAUGCAGACUCACCAGUGGGUAUCAGUGCACGUGUCUGACCACAGUGGCUUCCAAUACCGCCAACAUCUGCUGGACCGGUUCGUUAAGUUGCCUCCCAGCGGGUUCAGUACUGUGCGCAAAUGUACCGUGGACAUAGAGCAGAACUCCGCCUGGUCCUUACAGAUGUUCCUAUCUCCGUCAGAGAGUAAACAGGACAGUCACUUGACGGAGAGCACAAAGUCAAUUUUGUACGAGGCGUUAGAUAAGAAGUGCGAAAAGUUGGACUCAAUUCCACUCGGUAUAGUUUUGUCAGAACUCUUUUUCAAUACAGACUUGGUCCUCGUGUAUCCCGGCCACGAAGCCAUCUGGUACCAUCGGAGAUUCAUUGUACACGUCUUCCGAGAGUGUGUUUACAAUCUGGAGAGCGGUGGUGGUCAACGUAACUGUCACAAAGACAACAAUGGGGUUUCGUUAGAGAAAACGAAAAAGGUGGAAAAUAUCGAAGACAGCCUUUUACAACGGCUAGUGAAGUUCGAAACGGUGCUGUACAGUAAAUGCAGAGCAGACAAAGAUAGACAAGCUAGCUACGCUGAGAAACAUAGAGCUUGGUUGGCAUCUAUCAUGAAGAUAAAUCUUAAUCUUCCACUUAGAUAGCUUGUGUAGAAAGGUGCUAAAAUUAUUGUGACCAAGGUUGAAUUCAAUAAUGCUGACAUUUCUAUCCAAUAGUGCCACUACUCUGAAGGUGGUAGUACAGUGUUUGAAUUAUUUGUGUACGGUUAUACUAAAAAAAAUAAACAUGGUUAGGGGACGUUAGGGAUAGAAUCCGUCAAUCCUUGCAGGCAGCCAGAGAUUCUACUAUUAUUAGUGAUACAGAGUAUAUGUAUAAUAUCUUUGUACUAGUGAGGAUAUUGAGUUAAAAUAAUACAUCACAAUCAAACAUUUACAAAUCAACGAAUAACAAUAUAUCCAGAAUAUGUUUACACUAGUGAGGGUGUUUAAUGCAAAUCUUAAAUUACUACCAAAUGUUUACAAAACAACAAUAAAAAUGUAUACAUUAAUAGCUAAAAAUUAAAGAAAUUAAUAUCACAGACCAGUAAUCGCUAUCUGAAUGUUUGGCCACGAGCCAUUUUUCUAUACUUGUUUUAAACUUAAUUAAUGUAACAUUCCAGGCUAUUUCAGAUAAUCUAUCAAAUAGUUUUAAAAUAAAUUACUAUUUCUGAUUUUUUAAGUCUUUAUAUAAUGUAGAUCAAGUAAAUAUUCCUCCCUAGUCCUAUAGCCAUGUGAUUAGUUAGCUAAACAUUACGUCAAUAA